CAGUGAACCAGCGAUGGCGGUGAAGGGCCAAACAGCAAGAAUCCCCUGUCAUACCCCACGUUCUUCCCCCACGGCUCAAGUCCAGCUCACUCUUUGGUAUAAGGAUGGCAUUGGCAGGCCUAUUCACAGUUACGACUCGCGAAGUAGUCCCCCUCGGUCCUGGUCAGAUGAGCGGUUGAUAGGGUUUCGCGCUACCUACAUUCCUGACGGUGAUGAAGACUAUCCUGAGAUACCUUACCUGAAACUGGAGGAGGUUACGACCGAGGAUGCUGGCGUCUACACAUGCAGAGUAGACUACAAGAAAGCCCAGACGCAGAGAGCAGAGGCCAAACUUAUCGUUAUAACUCCUCCCGGGACACCCACCAUCCUGAGAGAAGACGGGACUCAGGUGCAGGACACUAUUGGACCUUAUAAUGAGGGUACCAACGCCAGCAUCACCUGUCAGGUAGUCGGAGGCCACCCUCCGCCAAACGUCAACUGGUGGCACAGAGAGAAACUGCUUGACGGUGAGAUUGACAGCAGGGUCGACUCUGUGUACCGGAACGUCUUACAGGUCGGCCCGAUCACCAGGAAAGACCUUGAUGCCUUCUACGUGUGCCAGACCGUCAACUCUGAUCUGGUCACACCCAUCAGUAGUGGAGUUACCCUCGACGUUAACUUGCCGCCUCUGUCGGUGGAGGUACUAGGGUCGGGUCAGGCUCUGGUAGCUGGGGAGGAGUACGAGGUUACCUGCCAGAGUACAGGUGCUCGACCCCCAGCCACUAUUACCUGGUGGCUGGACGGUGAGCAGCUCAUCAACGAGUCUUCCCGCAUCGAGAACCAGGGAAACGCUACCUUCAGCACCUUAACUCUGGUCCCCGAGAAAGACUAUGGUGGCAAAAUCUUAAAAUGCUUGGCUCAGUCACCAGUCCUUGACCACCACCCCCUCGACGAUACCUGGGAGCUGGAUGUACACUACGUUCCCGAGGUGAAUUUGGAGCUGUUGGAGGAGAUUGAGCCAAACGGUAUGACGGAGGGAGAGAACGUGACGAUGAUCUGCAACCUGAAGGCCAAUCCUGUCGUUAAGAAGGUCAGCUGGUAUCACAAGGGCAAUCUGGUGCGGCAGAAUGCGACAGCAGGAGUCAUAGUGAAAGACAAGAAGUUGAAACUGAGGAACAUCCAACGUCAACAGGCUGGUCAUUACAGCUGCGUCGCUACUAACAUCAUCGGGACAGGCAAUAGUGAACCUGUCGUCCUCAAAGUGAACUACGUGCCGGUGUGCUCAGAUACUACCGACCGCGUCCUGGGAGCUGCCAAGGACGACGAGGUGCAGUUGAACUGUCGUGUCAACGCCUCACCCAGCCAGGUCACCUUCAGCUGGUACUUCAGAACACCAGACAAUCUGAUCCCCAUAGAUAAAGAGAAGUUUACUGUAAAGGAUAGUACCUCGCUGCUCACCUACCAAAUCAGAAAAGAGAGUGACUACGGACAGGUGCUCUGUUUCGCUGCCAACGAGAUCGGGGAACAAUAUGAUCCCUGUACCUUUGAGGUCAAUCCUGCAGGAAAACCAGACGCUAUUGACAACUGUACACUCACCAAUCAGACCACAGACACGUUGUUUGUGUCUUGUCUGCCUGGCUUCGACGGUGGUCUCGAGCAGCAGUUUGUGGCCGAGGUCUUCGAAUUUGAUGGAACUACCCGCCACAUGUUAUUCAAUAUCACCGAGAAGGUGGAGCCUACUUUUACGAUAGAAGCGCUUCAUCCAGGAACUUCUUAUCUCCUGGGCAUAUACGCGGAGAACAUCAAAGGGAAGAGCGAGCAGCGAGUCCUGCACGGGUUCACGCUACCCCCAAAACCUGAAAUUGGCCCCACUACGCCCUCUACACAUAUCUUCCCCAUCACUCCUAUCCUGGGAGGUCUGAUCUGCGUGGUCGGAUUUCUGGUGCUGGUGGCGAUCGUGGUGGUGGUGGUGAUGAAGCUGAGGGGGAACUCACGUAGAGCCAAGGAGCGCCACGACCCAGCAUCAGGCAUCAAGGUACCCCACACUCCUCUACACCACAGCAAGGAUGGCAGCGAUGGUCCCGAUGUGAUCCUCUGUCGCACUGCCGACCCUGCCUACGAGGAUGUCGACGGCAUCCCUCAGAAGCUGAAACACGCCAAUAUUUACGAGACGGUCCCCUACGACAACAAUGACAAGAACACCAAGAACUCAGAGAAUUCCGCCAAGGACGAAGUCGAAUACGCUGAAAUCACCUUCAACAACGGCAAGAACAAACAGAAGGGCCACAAGAAGCAGGGGGCUAGCGGGGCCAAUGGUACAUUACGCUCUUCUGAAGACUCCACCAUCUACGCGACCAUCGAUCACACCCGCACAGCACAGCAACAACAGGAACAUCUGCUUAAACAACAAAGGUCACAGCAACUCCAGGGAACGAAGACAGGGAAGCAGACUAGCGGGGACUUAGACUCUGCUGCUCAAAGGGAACCCGAUGAAAUCCCCCUGAUGGACGGAGCCUUAGAGAGCAGCGUCUGAAAGGGAUGUAACCUGAUGGUAAAGACCAUGAGAGAAAUACACCUCUGACAGUUUCUUGUCUGAGGAGUGACUGUCAGUGGGAGCUAUGAGACUCCCCUCUAACUUGCUGACACAUACGCACACGCGCGCGCCAACACACACACACACACACACACACACACACAGUCCUUAGCGGGUGAUGUUCAGAAAUACACUGUAGAGAGAGAACACAAUACGUGAAUAUAACUUUCAGUAUACACUUGAGAUAUAUCGUGUUUAUGUAAUGGUGUGCUGGUAAAUAGGACCUUUAAGUUCUCUUGCUUGUGUACAUAAAUGAGAGAGAGAGAGACAGUGAGAGAGAGAGAGAGAGAGAGAGAUAAAGGUUUUAGUGUGUUGCCAUGGACUUAGAAGAGCUCAGAAGUAAAGGAAUUCCUGUCCAUCGUACACAAUGUAAUGGUUUGUUGAAAUAAUUAGUUCCCGCUGUAAUUGAAAGAUCAUUGAUAUCGUUGAAAAUAAUAAUGGCUAGUUAGAAAUAAAUUAUCAAUGGCUUGUGCACAUAAUCUAAUAAUCUGGAACAUAAGAGAAAAUUCAUCAUAUUUAAAAGAAUGUUAUUAGACGGUCAAUAAUAUAGGAAUGUGUUAUAUAGAGAAGCUGUGGGGAGUGAUGAUUAUAUACUGGAAUAAUGCCUCCUGGCCACCACUGAUGAACAUAGAGACUUUGUUAAUAGUUCACACGUGUUUACUUUAUAAUAAGUGCUUAAGUAUAGUGUUCUUUUUAAGUUACCCUCAAACACUUGAUUAGUGGUGUACCACUUAUAUGUAUAGCCUAUGGAAAAUAUAGUUUUUGAGAUUUUAUUUUUAAAAUGUUUUCAAAUGUGUUUGUUUUAAUUGAUCAUUCACUCUAAUAAUAAAUGGUGUCUUAAUCAUUACACAAUGAAUCUUCCACUCGUCAUUAACAGCUAAUAAUUAGUUUAUAAACAACUCAUUUGAAACAUACUUAAGACCGAAUCCCACAAAGCUGUUUCAGAAUUCACAUGCAAAAAUAAUCUAAAUAUUUUAUUUCUGGUAAAAUUUGACACAGUAAUAUAGGGAAUAAUGUAUCAUUAGGCUUAAAGAAGGUUCCCUGAAACAGCUUUGUCCAGGGUGUUGGGGCAGAUGGUCUUUUGUGUGGUGUUUGUACGUUUUGAUACACGUGUGUAUAUAUAUAAUGAAUAGCUUAUAAGGUCUGUUGAAAAUGAUACGUUCUUGUGCUUCCUGAACGACCUAGAGUUUAUUCUUAAGACAGUAAUUCAUAAGAUGUCUGACAAACUAGCUGCCUUACCUCUUUCUAGUAUACUUGAGGACAACAGAUAUAUAUAACAGUAUUAAUGCUAAUAUCUAUGUCUGUUGACUAAGAGCUAACCCGGCUCUGAUAGGGAUUAUAUUAACAAAACAAUAGCUUAAGAAUGUCUAGUAGCUUCAAUAAUAUUACAACAAAAGAGUCAAUUUCUUCAAACACUUACGAGUCAAAACUAGACCUACCUGUUAGUUAUUCAUGAGUUAAUUAAGCUUAUCUUCUCUACCUGUAUAACUUCACUACAGCUUUAAUACCAAACUCACAAGAGAAGAAUCACGGUAGAGGUGUGCUUCUCAGGUGGGGACAACUGAUAGUAAAAGUUAACAUUAUUUCCCUUUCCCUAAUUAGUGAUAUAGAAGUCCACAAUCGACGCUACAUGAACGAUAACAUUUCCAUCACUACCUCUUCAUAUUCUAAAACUUUAAGUAGAGCAAGAAAGAGAGAGAUAGAGAGAAACAGAGGCUAUUUUCUUUAUACAUUUUUCCAUAUACCAUAAAAUAAUUAAACUGAAGUAGAAAGACACACACUCAAAAAAACACGACUAUAACCCAAGGAGUAAUAACCACAGGAUUUUAAUCAAAGUAGAAUUUACAAGGACAAAAUCCCCCUUGAGUACACUCGGUUCUCCUCUGUUCUGAAGCCAACAUUAAGCUGGCUAAUAUAUAUGGUAAUUAAACGCACUUCGCUUAACUCUCCUCAGGGUAAGGCCACACCACACUCUCACCAAGGGAGGAAAGAGAGAGAGAGAGAGAGAGAGAGAGAGAGAGAGAGAGAGAGAGAGAGAGAGAGAGAGAGAGAGAUAUUAUGGGAGGGAAAAAGAGACGUUGUUAUAGAGAGAAGAGGCAUUUCUCAAGUUAAAUAUCAGUGAGAAAUGUAUUUAUUAUAAUAAUUUUACCUAACCUAACCUAACCAAACCCAACUCAGAUAACACUAUUGAAAAAAAUAUAUAAAAAUCAAGAGAGAAAAAAAUAUUUCAAUUGGUAAAUGAAAAAAAAAAGUCAGAUAAAAGUGAAUUGAUGUUCCAUUACAUAUAAAGCCAAUUAAAUACCUGUAAUACUGUGAUAAAUACCCAAUAUCUACCCCUCUUACCUCCCUCUCACCCCUCUCCUCCCCACUCUCUACAACCUUUAUUCAUCCUACCCUCCCCAACCUCUCCUCACCCCCUUCCCAUACCUUUUACCCCAUCCUAUUUCCCCUCCUUUAUCUCUCCCACACCGUAUCUUCGCACCAUUUACCCUCUCCUUGCCCCCUUCUCCCUCCACCCACUUUAUCAAUCCUCUUUCCCUCUUCUCUAUCCCCCUUUCUCACCCUCCUUUUCCCUCCUCACGUUCUCCUUCUUUCCCAUACCCAUCUCCCACCCUCUCUCAUACAAUUUUCACCCCCUCUACCUUUCUACCUCUUCUACCUCUCCUCCACCUUCUUUCUCCCUCUUCUACCCUUUCCCCUACCCUCUUCACCCCUUCCUCUACCACCCUUCUCCUCCAUCACUAUAUGCCAACCCAUAAUAAACACAGAAAUAUC